CAUAAAUACUGCUGUAUUGGCAAGCAUAGAGAGGCACCUGAUGUUAUGGCACGAGCUGAGGAUUUUGCUCAAUUCCUUGGCUUUCCAUCUUUUAUCCUGCAUUGCCUCUUCCUGUGCAUCUGUGUGCUUAAGUACUUCCACAGUGUGCGUGCAGGUGGGAAAAGCCUUGUGUGCCUGAGGGCAUCCAAGGGAGGUUUGCCUCCAUCGCAGAAAGAUGACUUUCUUCCAAGGACAGUGCGAGGAUGACUGCUAUUCUCCCUGCAGUUACGGGGGCCUGUAUGGCUACCGGGGCUAUGACUGUGGAAGCCCCUGUGGCUACCGGGGCUAUGGGAGCCUCUACGGCUACCGGGGCCUCUAUGGCUUUGGGGACCGGUACGGCUUUGGUGGGCUGUACGGUUCCCGGGGCUUCUAUGGCUAUGGGGAUGGCUAUGGCUAUGGGGGUCUGUAUGGUGGCUAUAGGGGCAUCUAUGGCUAUGGGGACUGCUAUGGCUACCCAGGCUUAUACAGCAGCCGCUACGGCUACCCCUUCAGUUCACGAUACGGCCAAAGAUACGGCUACGGGAGCUGCUACCCCUGCUAAACCCAGCGGGAAUGUCCCUGAAGUGAGGAUCAACCCCGGCCUGGCAAGUGUGGACUGACGGCGAAUCUCAGUGGCAGAGAUGCAGAGAGCCCCAGCACCAGCAGCCACCCCUCCGCAGGGGCUUUGAGUGCUCAGCACCACUGCCGAAGUGCUUGAAAUGUUUGUUGUUUUUUUUUCCUGCUUUGUGUCUGCUUGCUGUCUUACAUCCCACUGUCUCCUCUUGAUCCACUGUUGGAUCAAAAAACUUGCUUCUCAUCAAUGCUAUGGUUCUAUGUAAACUCUAGAAAUGCUGCUGCAAUAUCUGGCUUUUACGUUUGUUGCAGUGAUGUAUUCUGAAUGAAUGGUAUAGGCAGGGUGUAAUGUGUCUUUGGGAAUGUAGUCUUUCUGUUCUGUACACCUUUAAAAAUAUAUCUGCCUUUCAUAUUAAAAGUUAU